GUUUGCUUAGUCUAAAUUAUGAAGGCUUUAAUUGUUUUGGUCGCUCUGGCGUUAGCCGCCCUCGCUCUGGGUCGCACCAUGGACCGUUGCUCCCUGGCCCGCGAGAUGUCCGACUUGGGCGUUCCUCGUGACCAGCUGAGCAAGUGGACCUGCAUUGCCGAGCACGAGAGCUCCUAUCGCACGCACGUGGUUGGUCCUCAGAACAGGAAUGGCUCCUACGACUACGGCAUCUUCCAGAUCAACGAUCUCUUUUGGUGCCAGCCAUCCGACGGUCGCCUCUCCUCCAACGGUUGCGACAUCGACUGCGACGACCUCUUGCAUGAUAGCAUUGUCAAUUCCGUCAGAUGCGCCCAAACGGUGCUCGAAGAAUCGAGCAAUAGCUGGUGCGCCUGGACCACCUGGCGGUUCUGUAACGGUGCUCUGCCCUCCAUCGAUGACUGCUUCUAAACUGGAUAGUGUUUU